UAUAUUUUCUGAAAACAUAUAUAUACAAGUAUGGUGUAGUUGUAGAGAGAGAAAAAAAGAGGAGAAGUGAGUGAUGGGGGGAGGAGGAGGAGGUCACCUUUUGAAGAGAAUUCCUCGCAUUAAAUUCCCAGAUAGACACCCAAAACCCUCAUCUUCAGUUUCAGCUGCAGAAACUCAAGAAGCAACCAGUGAUCGGAAAUCCGCUCAAGGAUCGGAUGUUCGGGGGGCACCCCAUGAGAAUACUUUGGGAGGAAAAGCUUCCCUUCAGCCAAGAAGAACCCCUGUCUCAGACAAAGAGAUAGAGGCUAUAAUGUUGGGUGGCUCAUUUUAAUCAUGUUCUUCUCGAGUAUAAGAAUGAAGCAACAAGUGGAAAUGGAGUAUUAUUGACUGUUGAAAUUCAGAUUAAAUUUGUAUAAGAUUUCAGACCUAGUCUUGUUCUAUAUGCUACAAGACUCUUGAAAUGGCCUGAUAUGUUUUGUAGUGAGUUUCUUGAGAAAAUAAAAAUAAUUUGUUAGUUUGUUUCUGCAUUGAAUGUAACCUUUUUUUGAGGUUAUUGCUGAUUUUAAUGAAGUUGUGAUUUUCGUUUUUUGUUUUUAA